AUGUCCGACGCACCUCUCCCCUCCUCUUUCGAUGCCGAUUUCUUUGAAGAAAACCGCUGGCAGAAAUUCACCCGUCGCCUCAAAGAAGAACCCCUCAUCCCCUUCGGCGUCGCCGUAACCUGCUGGGCCCUCUACAACGCCAGCCGCUCCAUCCGCCAAGGUAAUGGCGCCCGCACAAACCAAUUCUUCCGCUACCGACUCUAUGCGCAAUCAUUCACCCUCGUCGCCAUGCUCGGCGGCUCGUACUACUACAACGCGGACCGCCUGAAACGGAAAGAGUAUACGGAUCUGGCGAAGAAAAGAAAAUCGCAGGAGAAGAGAGACGCCUGGAUUCGAGAGUUGGAGGCGCGAGACCAGGAAGAUAGGGAGUGGAGGGAGAAGUUGGGUAGGGUAAGGGAUUUUCAGAGGGAGGAGGUGGAGAGGGAGGCGAUUGAGGAGAUGAAGAUGAGGGAGGGGCGGAGUGAUGAUGGGAGGGGGGUAAUUGAUGCGUUGAAGGGAAAGAUGAAGGAUGUAAAGAAUACGGAGGCGAACAAAGAGGCUGCAGAGCUAGAGCAGAGGAAGCAGCAGAUCAAGGAGAAGAGGCGAGAAAUGGAGAAGAAGCAAGAGGUGGAGAGAAUGAAGCAAGCAGUGACCAAGCAGGAGGCUGGUAUGGGCCCUGAUACAAGAGUGUGGGGUGAAGCGGGAGGAGGCUUGUUUGGAUGGAAGCAUAUUAGAAAUUGGUUCAAUGGACCCCGGGAUGGUGAAGGGGAAAACUAG